AGAGUGUCUAAAAUAAAAAAAAAUACAUUCUUCCAGAAAAAUUCCCCUUAAGUCCGGACGCUAUGAACUAUAAAACAAAGUUCCCCUAUUCAAAUUCAUAAUGAUCUUGCACAGAUUAAUUAAGUUUGUGCUAUUUGCCGGCACCUUUUACUUGGGCAAGGAACUGGGAGGCUGGGACGAUCCAGUCGAACCGGAAAUCGGUAAACCAAAGCUAGAAACAGAAGAUUCUGUUGAGACAGAAAGUUCUUCGGGUGGCCAAUCAGUAGAAAAGAAGGUCCCUAGUUUCCAGAACACUUUCUUCGAUGACGAGGACAAACGUAAACUUAAGCGCAAGAAGGAGGAUUUGGAGAAAAAGUUUUGCCCCAGGGGGAGCAUCUGCGAGCCACCUCCAAAGCCUCUGAGCGAAAGCGUUGGCGAUGCUCUCUAUGACACCUGGCUGGCCCUUAAAAAGAUUCCAUCCUACUGGAGCAGCGCAGCCGAAUCCUUGGCAACUAGCAUUUGUCGUUUUAUUAAGGGGGAUAGAUAAGUGAUAUAUUUAAAUUACCUUUUAUAAAUAACAAGCUAUAAUAUACCUUGCAUUGUAUUAAAAGAAGCAAGUCCAUAGAAACCAUUUAAAAGACUUUUGGUUAACAAAACUUAGCAAGCUUUCCCUUUAACAUUAAAAAACAAGUAUUUCAAUUUAACAACCGAUAUGCAAUAGAUAAAUUUGUUUUCACACAACCCAAAUUAAAAGCAUGUCUUCAAAAUUAAUGGCUCG